AUGACGACGACAGAGUAUCGUGUGUCACUCUCAUACCCAAAUCCAUCCCUGGGCCAGAUGGUUGCAGGAUCGCAGGCUUCCAACUCCAUAGACGACGAGGCUUCACGAGCAAAACUCGGCUAUGGAGGCUCGACAAAGGUGAAGGGUGUGCAGCAGGUAGUUCUAGUCAUAACGCUCCUUGUUGGCCUUCUAAUCUCGACCCUCGAUACGACGAUCGUGUCUACAUCGCUUGUGACGAUAUCGAAUGACUUGAGUGACUUUAUCAAUGCACCAUGGAUCGUGUUGGCAUACCUGCUGACAUAUAUGGGUUUCGCCGUCUGCAUCUCCAAAAUGAGCGACAUAUACGGACGAAAGAACAUUCUGGUUCUUUCUUGGGUCAUCUUUUCUGGAUUCUCUUUGGGCUGUGCCAAUUCUAAACACAUGACUGCACUCAUUGUGUGUCGUGCUUUCCAAGGCAUAGGGGCAUCGGGGUUGUACAGCUUGACCCAGAUAGCACUUGUUGAGGUCGGUCCCAUCCACCGCCCCAGCCUAAUCGGGGCUAUGAUCGGAGCAACACUUGCCAUAGCCUUCGUCCUUGGCCCUCUUCUUGGAGGCCUAAUCUCCAGGCUCUCUGAUUGGAGAUGGCUCUUCAACCUUAAUAUUCCCUUUGGACUAGUUGCCAUUCUCGCCAUCACGAGUUUCUGGCCCCUGGAGGAAGUCUCUCAUCUUCUCUCUUGGGAGGCUUUUGCGAGCAUAGACUUCAUCGGCAGUGCCACUCUGCUUUGUAGCUCGUCUUUGCUCGUCUUUGCUAUUCAGCAGGCUGGUUCUCAGACAUUUGCUUGGUCCAGUCCGGUAAUUAUAUCAGCCCUUAUUAUAUCAGGGAUAAGCUGGUCUGCGUUCAUAUACUGGGAGGUGGUUUUAGAUUCGAAAAGGCACCGUCACAUUGAGCCAAUAUUUCCAAUUCGGUUAAUGUUGCACAGGGUCUAUGCGGCGAGCCUCUUGCUCACCCUUCUCACUGGAUUUCCGUAUAUUUCUCUUACAAUCAUUAUUCCGGAGCGGUUUCAAAUCGUCAAUGGCGAGGAUGCUCUCAUGGCUGGCAUUCAUCUCUUUCCACUCCUUGGUGCCUGUGCUGUUGGGUCUUUCUUGGGUGGCGCUAUAUCCAGUAAACAAAACAACACGUCGUAUACGCUCAUUGCAUCAUCCUGUCUCCAACUCUUGGGACUUGGGCUGAUGACGACCCAGUCGGGAGCAAACAGUGCUGAGCCGUCUCAGUAUGCCUACCAAGCAAUAUUCGGACUGGGAGUCGGUCUCUGCUUUUCGGCGACGACAAUUGUGACGAGCAUUUCCACGGCUGAGUCGAGUGAGAAAGCCACAGCACAAGGGGCCGUUGCCCAGGCUCGAGUGUUGGGGGGAAGCAUAGGCCUCUCAAUAUGCACAGUCAUUUUCAACAUUCACGUUAACCGAUAUCUAGAAGGUCACCUAACCGAAGCGCAGCUCGAGAGCCUUCACCGGUCUCCACUGUCAGGGCUGCAGCUUCCAAUUGAUCAGCGAGAUCUAGUCAGGACGGUCUAUGCUGGAGCGUAUUCCGAGGAGAUCAAGAUACUAGCUUGUAUUUGCUCAGUCAUGGUGGUUGCCGCCUUUUUCACUCUAGAGAGGCAUCCCACACCGUUGAAAAUCGUGAGUUCAAGAUCGAAAGACGGACAAUACUCGCGGCGCGGCAGUGAUUCGGAGACGGAAAUGACAGAUCUUCGCAAUACCCACCGAAUCGUCUGAGUUGGCUUGCAACCAUUUGGAUCACAACUCCUAAUGCGGCUUUGUUUCGGCAUUGCGCUGUACCUCCGAAGGACCUCUUUUCAGCCUAUACAACAUGAUAACCUUCACAUCCAAGGUAAAGUUAUGGUAUAAGCUCAAGUUGUGGUGGACCUCUUUUUCAUUUUAUCCGCUUUGUAAGAUGCUUCGCUAUGCUAUGGGCUUAUUUUUUGGAACAAUUUGAUCAAGAGCCAGCAAAUCAUAUGCUCUCGUCUGGUGUUAUAGCUUUGAUGUCAUAGGUGACGGUCGAUUAGAUCAAUGUAUGAUAUACGAUAUGAGAUUCUUGCUCCGCCUUUGUCAUAAAAGAAUGAAGACAUAAAUAAGAUUGAAACAAGAUUGAAACCAGGAAGGACUUCAGGGCUUGGUCGUGCGGUGAUGGAGUAAAUUGCAUGUACUGGAAAGUAAGACAUUCUUGGAG